UAUAUGGCUUACAGGUGCCACAACAUAUAAACAAACCCAAAAUAGUAUUACAAAUACCGUCUUAUAAUGUCAGUUGCAUUUAUAUGCAGGACUUGUGGCAAACAGAUCGACCGUCUCCACGCCAAAAACCUUUUCGCAGAUAAUGGCGAUGAGAUUUUGAAGAAAAUACAAGCCUUAACUGGCAUUUGGUUAACAGAUGAGUUAAAUAUGCCAGGAAUGAUUUGCGCAUACUGCCUGCUGGACUUGAAACAUGCCAUAGCAUUCCGAGAGCGUUGUAUAAAAACCAACACCGUUUUGAUGCGUAAAAACUUGGAACAGAAACAGACCAACCAUAAAUCCAUUUGUCCAUUUGUCUUAGAGCAUAGCUCUAAAAGCAAUGACAGUGAUCCGCUAUCAAAUGAUAAUAGUGGACUUAUUGAGCUCGAGGAUGGAGAAGAACUGAAUUGCGAUGAAACAGGGUCUGCAUUUACCCAAAAGUCGCAUAAAGUGCCACAGAUGCCGCCCAGAAUUUCACGCGUUUCGUGUCCGCUCCGUAUUUGUUCAAGUGAAGAUAAGAAAUCUGUGCCGGAUAUUCAUCCGAAAAUUACAUCUCAUAUUCAACCCCGGAGAUAUUUUUGUAGACAAUGUGGCAUGAAUUUUGAUGACAAAUCAAAUUUUAGCCGACACCGUCAAAGACACUUGAAUGAUACGACAGACGAAGAAAAUAUCUUUCAGACCGCUUUUGACUUAGCUGAGACUGUUUUUGAUAAUGAACAGUCUUUACCAUUUGUGCCUAACACCCACAACUCUUACAGAGGAUUACAGAGCUCCAUCCAGACGAAUGAAACAAUUAAACCAUCGAAAGCGAAAAAGAAUAGAGUAAGUGAGAUCCAAGAAGAGAGCUCACCGUCCAGCAGCGCGUCCCAUUCGCCUAACAAGAGGAUUAGGAGGUUGGGCAAUUAUUUCUGUGAUCAGUGCGGCAGGCAUUUUAAUGAUAAGGCCAACUUAAAUCGACAUCUGCAGAGGCACAUGGGAGUUAAACAAUUUGAAUGCCAAGAGUGCGGACAUAAGGAUUACACACAGCAUUUAAUCAAUUUGCACCAACGUAUACAGCACCAAGGCGAAAAGCCUUAUGCCUGUAAAUAUUGCGGCGAACGUUUUGCGAACAGCAUGGCACGAUUACGACAUCAACGGAGCCACAUGGAGUAUUUGGAAUCAAGUGCAGAGGUGCCAGCAUUUACUUGUAAGUUAUGCAACAAGUCUUUCAGAAAGAAAAGCAUUUUGGAUACUCACGCUGUCGUGCACACUGGGGAACAACCUUUCUGCUGCGAUAUAUGUAAUGUGUACUUUAAUCGGAAGUCAAGCUUACGUGCUCACUACCGCUCGAAGUUUCAUCAGACAAAUGCUACGCAAAAACUAGACAAGACUGGAGUUGAUUCAGAAUAAAAAAAUUAAAAUUGUUUUUAACCAA